CCGGACAAAAUGGCUGUGGCCGCCGCUGUUUGGUUGCUCGUUUUAACGCUGUUUUCUAAUUCAAAAGCUGAUCAAGCUUUCGAUGUUCGUCAGCACCUCUCCAGUGUAACAAGAUAUGCUGCAGUGAAAGAUAUUGUAGACAAUUCCUUUCAUCCUUCUCAUAUUCCUGAUGGGUGUACUCCUAUCCACUUAAAUCUCGUGGCAAGACAUGGAACUCGUGCUCCCACUAAGAAGCGGAUGAGAGAGUUGGAGAAGUUGGCUUCUCAUAUAAAGGAACUUCUAAAAGAUGCUAAAGAAAAGAAUUUGAGCCUACAGAAAGUUCCUGCUUGGUUACAGAAAUGGGAAUCUCCUUGGAGAGGAAAACUGAGGGGUGGAGAAUUGGAUAGAAAAGGAGAAGAGGAAUUAUAUCAGCUUGGAAUCAGGGUUAGGGAAAGAUUUCCUGAUUUAUUUAAUGAAGAAUUCCACCCUGAUGUGUAUCCAAUAAAGGCUACUCAAGUUCCUCGGGCUUCUGCCAGUGCUGUUGCAUUUGGCAUGGGACUAUUUAGUGGCAACGGAAGUCUAGGACCAGGCCGUCAUCAAGCCUUUUCUGUUACAAGUGAAAGUCGUGCAAGUGACAUAACCCUGAGGUUUUUUGAUUGUUGUCAAACCUACAAGGACUUUAGGAAAGAACAUGAGCCUGCUGUUGAUAAACUGAAAGAACCCAUCAUUGCUGAAAUUACCUCUGCAUUAGCAAAGCGAUACGAGUUCAAUUUCACAAGACAGGAUAUAUCUUCUCUCUGGUUUCUUUGUAAACAGGAAACAUCCUUGUUGGAUAUUACUGAUCAAGCUUGUAGUCUUUUCAGUCCAACCGAGGUGGCUCUGCUGGAGUGGACGGAUGAUUUAGAGGUGUUCAUAUUAAAGGGCUACGGUAAAUCCUUAAAUUAUCGAAUGGGAGUACCUCUGCUUAAAGAUGUCAUUGAAUCCAUGGACCAAGCAAUUGUGGCUAGAGAGGUUAAUCAAGCACCUGGCAAUUACGAGAAGGCAAGAUUGCGGUUUGCACAUGCAGAAACAGUGGUUCCCUUUUCAUGUUUACUUGGGCUUUUCCUAGAAGGAUCUGAUUUCCAACGAAUACAGAAGGAGGAGCCUUUGGAUUUCCCUCCUAAACCUCCCCAGAAAAGAAAUUGGAGAGUCAGCAAUGUGGCUCCUUUUGCUGGGAAUAAUAUGCUGGUCUUAUACAGUUGCCCGGUGAAUUCUGCAGUCAAAUACUUUGUCCGAGUUCUGCACAAUGAGAAUCCCAUCCCAAUGCCUGGUUGUGACGGUACUGAUUUCUGUCCGUUUGAAACUUUCAAGGAGAGAGUUGCGCAACCACACUUGAAGCACGAUUACAAUACCCUUUGCCAAGUGAAUCUUGAUCAGCCGAAGCAGAAGCCCGAACCCAAAAAAUAAAAUAAAAUGGAAACCCAUGGAUGUAGAGUCGGAUAUCUGUGAGUACUUUCGAGGAGACUUCAAGGCUUCAUGUAUUGAUCUGGUGGAGGAAUCAUCUUUCUCUCUUCAAAUCCUGGAAUGAAUUUGAUGUUAUUUGUAACUGUAGUGAAUUUUACAAGUUUUAGUAUACUGGUUUAGAAGAAAUAGAAAUAGCCACUCAACUGCCUCUGGCUUCAAUCUCACGCCAUUCUUGUACCAUUGCGCAACAGCAGCAUAUGAGAUGGGUUAUAAAGUCAUCGCAUAAUCCUCCCUGAAA